AUGGUUAAUCAUGGACGCAAACGCGCCCGCAUCUACGAGUAUCUUCUCGCGAGAGGAGAGCACUUGGUUAAGAAAGACGUGGACAACUUGGUCCAGCGUUUUAAGAGCGAGGGUCGUGGUGGGAUUGACGAUGACGAUGCUGUAGCGCAGGCUCUCGCUGUAUUUGCCGCACAAGAUGGUAACGUUGUUACGGUGGAUGAGACUGACGCGGGUCACUCCGGACCAAUUCCAAUCAAGUUCGAGCGAGCGGUCAACAAGAAGCCCAAAUACGUUCGCCUCAGCGUACCAAUACUCAAUGAAACUGCGUUUUACCUCCUCCCGAUGAAAUUGCUGCAGAAGAAGUGCACUACCCACACGCUACAGGAGAUGACAGAUCAAGUUGCGCGCUCAAAUCCCCAAGACAUCAUCCAAAUUGAAGGUCAUGAAUAUCACUACGCCAUGCUAUUCCUUGGGAUCGAGAAUGCUGUGACGGGAAGGAAAAUGAAGACAUUUACAGAAACGAUCAAGGCAAAGGCACAAAUGCUGAAGAGUUGUGCCGAGACUCUGUUCAUCCCAGUCAACUUCGGGAACACACACUGGUGUGGUAUCAUUGUGGACGUCAAGGGAAACCAAGUAAUGUACUACGACCCCAUGAACCAAAAGUCUUACAACAGCGUACUGGACCGAAUGUCGUGGGAUUUGGCCGAAACGCUGAGCGAUGCCUACUAG